GAUCACAUCAUGAACAUCACCUGCAGCUGCUCCAAGCAGGACUAUUUCCUGCCAGUACCACACGCCCUAGGACUGCUUUCACCUUCGAGGUACUGGAUCAUUUUCUCAUUGAUGCCUUGGAAUGCAAGACUUCAGCAAUGAGCUUCUUUGAGAAAAUCAGACGGCUGACAAAUAAUGCUUUCCCGGACACUGUCCCAGAUCGCUAUCGAGAACUCAUGAGAGUAUCUCGACUCUGGCGGGACUUGAAGAACCGUAAAUGGUUUGGAUUUGGCCAUGACAAGGAAGCGCCCCUAGUGCAGGAGAUCUUGCCCUAUUUUGCCCUUCAUGUCCACAGCCCGGAAUCAAUAUGCCUCUUGUUUGGGAGCAACAGUAUGAAAGGCAAGUCAAUUCCAAAAUCCCUGCCUGCUAGACUCCGGCCAGUACCAGCAGUGCAUAGCAUAGCAGUGGUCCUGGCCGAUAAUAUGUGUCCUGGCCAGUGGCUUGUUAUGAAAAGAUUGGGGGGUUAUAUGGUAACAGACAGAGAAUACCAAGCACACUUGACUUUGGCUAUAGAGAGUAAAGAGGUGACUCAAAUUGUGUUGUAUUAUUAUUCCAUUUGUAAUGCCAUAAAGCACGCUGCUGGCAACAUUGACAACUCCCUAAUCAUCUAUGAUGUGGGGUGUCAGUGGAACCUUAACUUUGGUCAACGUGUUGCCAACUGCCCUGGCUUGGCACUCCCAGACAACACCAAGAUUGUGGCUGCGGUGGGGAAAUUUCACUUGAGCGCUCAUAAACUUGCCUGUUUUGCUAGAUACAGCUUAAACUUCAUUCAAGGAGCUGGACAAGUUGAUGGGGAAAUUCUGGAGACACUUUGGGCUCCCUUUAACAAGAUAUCUCCCACAGCACGUUCUAUGAGCCAAGCUCACCGUCAAGAAAUUCUUGAUGAUCACAUGCGUAACUCAAAUUGGAGAAAACUUGUCAGAAUAGUUAAGACGCUCUUGAGAAAGUACAAACGGGCCAACAAGGGCAUUGAAGACACUAGGCUGCCGUUUGAAGAGCUUACCGGAUCUUUGGAUGUCAUCAAAGUGAGGGCAUGGGAAAAAGAUGAGGAGAAGGCAAAGGAUGAGCGUGGAGAACAUCUUGACAUCUACCAGCUAAAAAUAGAUAAAGGAAAGUUGGGAUCAAUUUCUUGGCUCAUUGAUGGCAUCAAUAUAGAGGAUUCGCAGGAUGCACUGAGGGUAGCUAUUCGGCAGCUUCCCAAAGAUGCUUCUGCUGUUCAAAGGGCUGCACUUCAAGAGAAACGACAAAAACUGGCUGCUCGGAUUUCUAAAUUUCAUGAAAUUGCUGAUGCUAUGACAGAGGGCAUUGAAGUCCAUGCAGAUGCGGUGGAGGAAGUAUGGGAGGCUGCAGAUAUUGAAGAUGUGUUGGAAGAGAUGGAUGAGGCAGUUCCUGCAGAAGUCAUGGCCAUUUGGAUGCCAUCUUCAGUGUCUCGAAAUGAGGCUUUAGCCCUGGGCUUGCACACUCUGCAAGCUGAAGAACUGGAGUUACGAAAGGGUCAAGCAAAUGAUUGCUUGGAAAAGUUGCGACAAGCUCUCGGUCAUAAAGCAAUAAUUUACCGUCAGCAUUUCCGAAGUGCAGAUUCCACAUGGACAGGAACCAGGUCAAAGCAGGAGGCUCUUCAAUGCCAUAUCAAGAUAGAGAAGUGUGUCCGAAGGUAUCAAAGGGCUAGGAGUUCAAUUCAGAGACUAGGGGCUGAUGAAGAUACUCUGACGACGAUCUAUCAAGACAUUCAGCUACACCAGCUCAGUGUUGACAAGGAAGUGACUGAAGAGAACAGAUAUGGGCAGGGAUCAGACAGACUGGCUUGGUUUUGGAGAGUCAACAACGGUCAUGAUUUGAAGGAAGAUGUGUGGAUGGAUGAAUUCUACAGGGUAAAUUGGUUGAAAGCUAAGGCUAGAUGGCAAAGGUGGGAGGAAGAGUUGAGAUUGGUCCAACACGAAAUGGGUUGGACAGUUUGUGUCUAUCAAAAAUCUCAUCAAUUAGAUAUGCAGAAGUCUAUGUUCAAUAUAUACCUAAGCCUGGACGUGAUCCGGCCGACUCUAUUAUCACUGUCUGAGGUGUCAGCCGGCCUGGCCAUACACGACCUGGUCAUGAUCCGGCCGACUCUAUUGUCAAUGUCUAAGGGGUCGGCCGGCCUUCCUGUACACAGCCUGGACCUGAUCUGGCCGACUCUAUUAUCACUGUCUGAGGUGUCGGCCGGCCAGGCCAUACAUGACCUAGUUCUGAUCCGGCCGACUCUCUUGUCCACGUCUGAGGUGUCGGCCUGCCUUCCUGUACACAGCUUGGACCUGAUACAGCCGACUCUAUUAUCACUGUCUGAGGUGUCGGCCGGCCAGGCCAUACAUGACCUAGUUCUGAUCCGGCCGACUCUAUUGUCCACGUCUGAGAUGUCGGCCUGCCUUCCUGUACACAGCCUGGACCUGAUCCGGCCGACUCUAUUAUCACUGCCUGAGGUGUCGGCCGGCCAGGCCAUACACAGCCUGGACUUGAUCCGGCCGACUCUAUUAUCAAUAUCUGAGGUGUCGGCCGGCCAGGCCAUACACAGCCUGGACCUGAUCCGGCCGACUCUAUUAUCAAUGCCAUCAGGAAACCUACACUUUCCUUAUCAUUCCUGA